AUGUCCUCAAUAAAUAAUUCCAUUAAAGAAUAUAAAAGCUCUGAAAAUGAACAAAAGCAAAUCCAUCUAGCUACUUCAAGUGAUAAUUGGAGUAAAGAGGAUAUGGUGGCCUCAACCCAAAGUAAUAAUAAUAAUACAUCAAAUACUGAAGAUACACAAAUUAUAAUAGAACCUACCUUAAUUUAUUCCCCAAGUUUAUUAUCACAAGAUUUAGAAGAUAGUUCACCAGAUGAUAGUAUCAUAGCAAUAGCUCAAAAUGGUGAUUUAUUUUCUUUACAAGAACUCAUUGAUGGAGAAGAAUUGCAACUUUGCUCAAAAUCUGAUCAAAUACUUUCUUCUUCACAAACUACAUCACCUUCAGUUGCUACCUUUCCUUCAGUACCUGUUAAACCUAUUAAACCAGCUUUAUCUCUUGAUAGUUCAGCACUAUCUUCUACCUCAAAUGAUGAAUCUAAUUCGAAAAAGAAAGCAGGGGGUCGUAAGAGAAAGGCUGAAAGUUUAGAGGAGAAAGAACAAAGGCAGCGUGAGAGAAUUUUGAGAAAUCGUCAUGCUGCUCAAAUGUCACGCGACAAAAAACGAAGGCAAAUGGCGGAUCUUGAAUCUCAGAAUCUUAUACUUAAAGAAGAUAAUGAGCAUUUGUCCAAAAGAUUAAAAGUGGUUGAGGAAGAAAAUAUGAACUUAUCUGCAAAGCUUGAUGUAAUUUCUGCACAAUUAGCUGAAAUUCAGUCACACUUGGCUGUUUCCACUGUUUCUGAGAUGACCAAAGUCCUACUUGACGGUGUUCGCGGAUCUGCAGUAUCCGCGGCCUUGGAAUAUGACUCCAUUGCAUUGAAGGAUUAUGAUAAUAAUAAUGGUAAGGAAGAACAUACUAACGACACCAAAAUGAACGGCAGUCAGAAUGAGAUUUUACCAGAUUCUUCCUCUAGGUGUUAUUUAUCCGAUGAUGCAAGAGAGUUCAAUUUUUCUAAGAAGUCCCAGCAGCGGCACGUCAAGAUGAGGACCCUUUACGGGAUAUUGUCACAAAUCCAUUCUUUACCGACUUUGAUGCUUCAACAACAGCUACAAAUACAAAUAACGAAGCUAUUAUUGACCUUCUCGAUAGCUUUUUGGACUAUGACUGGUCAGAGGAAGAAUUUUCUUCUGUUGGGCAAUCAAAUGGUAUUUGUUGAUGAUAUUGUCAUCUCGGAACUUAUUCGCCUUUUAAAUGAAAAAAGGCGUUUAACAUCCGUAAAGGCUUCGCGUGGUAGUACCUUAUCAGGAAUGAAACGUGCUCCACGUGACUGGCGUAAAUAUCCACCAUAA